AAAACUGCAACCGCAGAAUGAAAACGUCGGUGGAUAUGUUGGAAUUCGUUAUCUACCGCUAUUAUUAGUAAAAAAAUUGAGGUUCAUAGAGAAAGAAUGAGAGACUGAAAAUAAUUUAAAAAGUGACUAUUCAUCCAGACAACUUCUUAUGUUCUAGUGGAGUGAUUUAUUUAUACCAAAUAUUAGAUAAAAAUAACCCACACUGAUAAGGAAAAAUGGCAUCCCUUCCACGCAGAAUUAUAAAAGAAACCCAACGUUUAAUGCAAGAACCCGUGCCGGGAAUAAGUGCCGUACCAGAUGAUAGUAAUGCUCGAUAUUUUCACGUAAUUGUGACGGGCCCAGAGGAUUCGCCGUUCGAAGGGGGCCUGUUUAAAUUAGAGUUGUUCCUCCCAGAAGACUAUCCAAUGUCUGCACCUAAAGUAAGAUUUAUAACGAAAAUAUAUCAUCCUAACAUCGAUCGAUUAGGUAGAAUAUGCCUUGAUAUUCUAAAGGACAAGUGGAGUCCCGCUUUGCAAAUCCGUACAGUCUUAUUGUCUAUUCAAGCCUUACUUAGUGCUCCGAAUCCAGAUGAUCCUCUGGCUAAUGAUGUAGCUGAAUUAUGGAAAGUAAAUGAAUCAGAAGCGAUUCGAAAUGCGAAGGAAUGGACACGGAGAUAUGCAAUGGACAAUUAAAAUGUGCUCCACGAAGGCAUUGUAAAAAACAUAAAGCAUUCUACUUUAUUCUUAGUAUAUUAUAAGUUUUAAUUAAAUUAUCAACAGUCAAAGUGGAAUUUUUAUGUUUCUUACUUUAGUUUUCUUUACUUAUGCUGAUGAAAAGAACGUUCUUUAAUUAGUAUUUAUAUAAGUUCUUUUAAUUUUUGAAGGUUCUUAACAAAAUACUGUUAUUUAUGGUGUAUAUUUUUUCUGUUAUAAUUUUAUGUUCAAAGUGUCCUUUACGCUUUCUCAUUUUAUACACUGAUCUCUUAUUUUGUCGAUUUCAAAUAAUAAGAAAAAUUUACGUAUAAUUGAGUUAAGUGAUAAGGGAUAAUUUUCUAAGCUUCAACUGUGUACAACUUAGCAUCAUUCUGUGCAUAGUUACACUUGAAAGAUGGAUUUGUAGUUUGUUGUAAAUAAAGGUAUGUAAGGCUUUUUACGAAUAAAUUCUUUACACUAAAAUUGUUAAUUCUUCUCUCAUUAUUUAGACAUUACAUUUUAUAAAAAUAUACAGCCUUACAAGAAAAUAUUCAUUAAUUGGCAUUCAGUUAAAAAUAUCGUCAAGUGCACGAAAUGAGUUACCACUUAAAUAGGCGUGCCAAAAAAGCCAAAAUGUAUUCUUAUUUUGUAAAACAUUUUUAUAAAUAAAUUUUAUACUUCA